CGCGUGCCAGAAGAAAUGAUAGAAGACCCUGUUAUGAGAGUGAAAGCGGCGGCCGUCGCUUUUGCGUACGAAAUGACGGGGUCAAGAAGUAAUAGAAGAUGGCCGACGAAUUUAAAUUUACCACCCAAUGAAUCUGGCGGAAAAGAAGACGUCAUGUUAUAUCGUAAAGAUAUACGAGCGAG